CGUCGGAACAUCCGGUUCCAAACAUCACCACACCCCACGAUGAAUCGGGAUUUCCUGGUCUCGAUCGAGAUUCAUCCUUGCAAUUGCCAACUCCCUGCAAAUCGGAGAAGAUCUGAUGGAGAGUAUGAGUGUAUUUGCCUCGGAAUACCCAGCUCCCACGAUCUCGGAAGUUCUUCAUCCCCACAACAAGUGCUGGAUCCCGUCCGAAGUCGGAAGCACCGAACCUUGGCCAUCUUGUCUGCCUCAGGCGCCGAAAGCCAACAACAAUCAAAACCUCCAACUACCCCGCCGCUCUGCCCUCUCCCCCUUGCCUCGGCAUCGAUAACUCUCCAACCAUUCUCAUUCUUGACGCCAAAAUAUUGGAAUGCGUUGUACAAAGAACCCAAACCCCAUCUAACGGCCAAGGUGGGGUUCAUGAAAGGCUCUGAUACGGCGGAAGAUGCACGCAGCCCCUCCGUAGCCAUGAAUCAAGAUAUACUCCGUCGUGCUGGCUACUAGCUGCCUCAAUUAUGCACGGGAGAUGCAACAUGGCACCAGCCACUGCUCCAGAACAAAGCGAAUGCACCUUGUGGUGUGAUCUUCCACAGAAUGAGUUCAUUGUCCUGAUAGCGGGGUAGGCGAUGUAGGAUGCCUGCUGUCUUUUCGCUGCUCCAAAGCUUCAGCAAGCGGCAUGG